UCCGCCCGGCCUGGGGAGAAGCCGCCGCUGCCGCCGGGGGAGGGGCCGCCGCUGCCGCGGCUGAGCGCUCGCUCUCGCCGGCUGCCCGGGACACGCCGUGGCUCCGAGCCGGGCCUGGUGCCGCGCAGGGGCCCGGGGAACGGGCCGGCCAGGUUUCCCCAUGUCCGUGACGUGUUGGCCGAGGCUCUGCGGCUCCUCUCCGCCCUCGGAGCGGCCAGUCGCUGCCCUCUGGACUCCGUGAUCCCCGACGGGCGUCAUGAGCAUUGCAAUCCCUCUGGGAGUCACCACACCAGAUACGUCCUACUCCGACAUGGCUGCAGGAUCGGACCCAGAGUCUGUGGAAGCUAGUCCAGCUGUCAGUGAGAAGAAUGUGUACUCCAGCCACGGCUAUGGGGCCACCCAGAAACACAGCUAUCGCGGGCUGCCUUACGCAGAUCAUAAUUAUGGAGCCCCUCCUCCUCCAACUCCGCCAGCCUCUCCUCCUGUCCAGACCAUUAUACCUCGUGCAGAACUGAAUGGCCUGCACUCGCCUGAUGAGGAGAACUCCGGGGAUAGUGAGAGCUCCUCAGAAGGAGAAUCAAUUCCCACUUGGUGCCACUGCAGUGUCUCCCAAGAUGGUUUCCUCCUCAAGUGUGAAAAGUGCAGAGGAAUGAGCAGGGGGAAGGUGAUCAGACUCCGCCACCGGAAGCAGGACAACGUGUCAGGCGGGGACAGCAGUGCCACUGAGAGCUGGGAUGAAGAACUCUCUCCCUCCACAGUGCUGUACACGGCCACGCAGCACACGCCGACCAGCAUCACGCUGACUGUCAACCGCGUCCGCAGGAGCAAACCCAAGAAGAGGAAGAGGAGUACAGAAAAGGCUCGCGCUGCUCCAAAGACCAAAAAGAUCAAGGCUUUUCGAGAGGGCUCACGAAAGUCUCUGAGGAUGAAGAAUUCCCCUUCUGAAGCACAUGCCUUGGAUGAAAACACAGCUGAAGGGUGGGAGAAUCGGAUCCGCCUCUGGACGGACCAGUACGAGGAGGCCUUCACGAACCAGUACAGUGCUGAUGUGCAGAACUUGCUGGAGCGUCACCUAAACUCUAAUAAAGACUAUGUGGGCAAAACUGCUAUGCUGGACACAAUCAACAAAACAGAGUUGGCCUGCAAUAAUACUGUUAUUGGGUCCCAGAUGCAGCUGCAGCUGGGAAGGGUGACUCGGGUUCAGAAGCACCGGAAGAUCCUGAGGGCAGCAAGAGACUUGGCACUAGAUACCCUUAUAAUUGAGUAUCGAGGGAAAGUUAUGUUACGACAGCAAUUCGAGGUCAAUGGGCAUUUCUUCAAAAAGCCAUAUCCCUUUGUGCUGUUCUACUCCAAGUUCAAUGGCGUUGAGAUGUGUGUUGAUGCCCGCACCUUUGGUAAUGAUGCCAGGUUCAUCAGGCGGUCCUGCACUCCAAAUGCAGAGGUUCGUCAUGUGAUUGCUGAUGGGAUGAUCCACCUGUGCAUCUAUGCUGUUGCCACCAUUGCCAAGGACACAGAGGUUACCAUCGCCUUUGACUAUGAGUACAACAUCUGCAAUUAUAAAGUGGACUGUGCGUGUCACAAGGGGAACCGGAAUUGCCCUGUGCAGAAACGUAGCCCAAAUGCUGCAGAACACCUACCUCCACCUGUUUUAGGCACACUGAUUGGGGCAGAAACACGCCGGCGAAAGGCCCGUCGAAAGGAGCUAGAAAUGGAACAGCAGAGCAUUGCGUUGGAUGAGAACGGCAGUCAGCAAACUGAGGAAGUUCCUGAGGGACCUGCAGCAGUCAGUGACAAUGAGGUGCCAGAGAAGGAGGAGAAACAAGAAGGGGAGAAAGAGGAGCCUGUAGAUGAACAGGGACCCUUGGUUCACAGCAGACGGUCCCGGGAAGACAGGAAGGUGGAAGCCAUCAUGCACAUGUUUGAGAACUUAGAAAAGAGAAAGAGGAGACGAGAGCAGCCAUCAGACCGUAACAGCACCGAUGCUGAAAUCAGCGUCAAUUCUGAAGCUCCUGAGCUGGAAGAAGUGAAAACAGAGACUCCUGAAACAGAAGAUGGAAGUUCAGCACUGAGUGCUCCUCCGCCUCCUCCUCCUCCUCCUCCUCUUCCUCCCCCUCCUGUUUCUAACAGUACCAGCAGUACUGGGGUGAACACACGACGGUCCUCACAAGUAGCGGAUGCUGUCCCCGAAAAGACAGCGACUAAGCCAGCUCCAGCAAAACCUUCCAGGCCCCGACCAAAAAGUCGCUUUUCUCGAUACCGGACCAGUUCAGCACAAAGACUGAGAAGGCAGAAACAAGCCAGUUCCCAGCAAGCUGAACUCACACAGGCUGUCCCAGAGGAAGGAAGCACUGCCAGCUUGGUAACCACAACAGAUGUCAGCAAUGUGGAAGGGCCAGGAGAAGGCAGACAGUUGACAGGAUCUGACCCAGCUGCUAUCCUGGCUACAGGAUCCCAGUCUAAAGCUGCAGUAAAGUACCCCAAAACAAAAAAGUACCUGGUUACCGAAUGGCUGAACGACAAGGCAGAAAAGCAGGAGUGUCCAAUUGAGUGUCCUCUGCGCAUUACUACAGACCCAACAGUUUUGGCAACUACCCUAAAUAUGUUGCCAGGUCUUGUGCACUCCCCACUGAUUUGUACCACACCUAAACACUACAUUCGCUUUGGUUCACCUUUCAACCCUGAGAGACGUCGAAGGCCCUUUCUGUUGGAUGGCAUUUACAGCUCCUGUAAGAAGCGCUGGAUAAAACAAGCCCUGGAAGAGGGGAUGACUCAGACCUCACCAGCUCCGCAAGAGAACAGAACCCAGUGUCUAUACCAAAGCAAUGAGAACAGCAACUCCUCCAGCAUCUGCAAAGAUGACACAGACUUGCUGAGUCCCCUGAAGAAAUGGAAGUCCCGCUACUUGAUGGAGCAGAACGUUAAGAAGUUGCUGCGGCCGCUGUCUCCUGUCACGCCCCCUCCUCCCCCCAUCCCUUCGGUCCCCGGCGCUGCGAGCCCACAGCUGGCCACGCCCUGCUCGUCGCUGCCCGGCGAGGAGGAGACUCGCAAUGGUUACGGCAUCAUGUUCUCACCCAUCCCCUCUCUGGCUGCCAGCCGCUGCAAUACUCCACUACAGUUCGAGAACGUGUCCUCCCCUGAGAGCUCCCCUGCGCAUAGGCCCGAGUCCAUGUCACCUGAGGUCUGCCUCCGAUCCGACCUGGAUUCGAAGGGUGGGUACCUGGAUUCCAGUGCAAACACCUGCCAGGAACGGCCGUCGCUGCUCAGCUUUGCAUCCUCUGAGGUGGCUCCACAAUCCUCCAUAAACUCUACUUCAGAAAUGAACUUCCCAGGGAAAAGUGGGGAAGCACAGAUGCUGCUACGAAGCUCUGAUCAGGCUUUUCGGACAGAGUUUAAUUUAAUGUAUGCCUUCUCCCCACUGAACGCUAUGCCACGUGUGGAUGGGCUGCUGCAGGGCUCUCCUCCUUUGGGAGACAGGAAGCCGAUGAAUUCGGACGCAGGAUGCUGCAGCUCUCCUGCCGAAGGGUAUUUCAGCAGACACGAGUCAGGGCUGCUCAAAGAGACAGCACAUGGGUCCAUGUCCCCCUGCAGCGAGAGGGCUGCUGAAGGCACCAGAGCUGCUCCCCAGAAUCCGCCACAAAGGAAGAAGGUAUCACUGCUCGAGUACCGCAAGCGGAAGCAGGAGGCCAAGGAGGGCGGCGAUUCGGGGCGCGGCGCAGGGACCCCCACGCGGCAGGGCAGCGGCUCCGGGGCCGACGCCGACGGGAACGGCCCCUCGGGCUCCGCAGCACGAACUCCGUCCUCCCCACAAAGUGGCUUCUCCCCUUCUCAUCCCUCCCUGCCUCAUGUAGAGGAUGUCAGCCCACCAGACUCGAGGGGCUGUAGUUCCUCAUCAUCGCUCAGUAAAUCCCAGGACAGCAUCAGCAGUAGGUGGAUGGUCCCGACGUCGGUGGAGCGGCUGCGGGAGGGCCGGGGGAUGCUGGAGAAGGUGCUGCGGAGCGGGGCCAAGGUGGCCCAGAGACACGAAUCCUCCCCUACCCAGGACUGUGCUCUUGAGAGAGAUGCAGAUGCAGCAGAAGGAGACACUCCAGAAGCUCACAAAGGACCAGCAGUUUACAGUCCUUCUCGAUACAGCUACCAGCUGCUGCAGUCUGACAGUCCCCAGGCAGAGUCACAGACCCUGCUCCAGCAGAACUCCUCCCCGUACAGAGGGCACCUCGCGUCUCCUGGAUACAGCUACCGAGCAGCAGCACAGAGGACAGGACACAGCCUGUCCCACAGUUCCUCGGAAACAUCCCUCUCCUCCACCUCAUAUUCCAGCCCUGCCCACUCGGUCUCCACAGACUCCUCUGCCCUGUUUGCAGGGAAUUCGGGGUAUUUCAGCAGCCAGCAGCACUCUGGCAGCGUCAGCAGCAGCCUCCUGAGGAAGAGCUGCCCUGCGGCUGCCAGCCCAGCACAGCAGACAGCUGUGGACUCUCUCUCCUCAGAGUCGGGCUCCCAGCCCUGCACAGGCGUGUCGGGCUCUUCCUCUGCUCCCCAAAGUGCUCGCUCACUACAGUCAGACUUGCGGACUAUCAGCCUGCCCAACUCGGGGCAGUCUGUGCUCUACCAGGGCUCCCGAGGCGCAGUGAUUUCCAAUGCACAACACUAUCCGCACCGCGGGGGAAGCAGUGUCCAUCAGUACAGACUGCAGCAGCUUCAGGGUUCUGGAGUAAAGACUCAAACAGGACUUUCCUAGGGCUGCCUGGACUUCAGGAAGACAAAACUGCCCAUAGCUCCUUCCAGUCACCCCUGGAAGUGGCUCCUGGGCUGGUGUUGAAAGCUUGCACCUGAUGCUGGGGUGCCAGGGGUCAGAGGCUGAGGUCAAAAAUGCACGGGUGAGAUUUGUGAGCAGUAUUGGCCUCUGGCCUGUAGGAGAACACAGAUUUCUCUGAGGCAGAGACUGUAGCAAAGCAGUUCCCUGACAUGUGGGUACAUUGCAAAAACAAAAAGAAACAAACAGAAAAAAAAAAAAGAAAAAAUUUAAAAAAAAAAAGAAAAUGGUUCAAGUGCAAUGACUGUGGCACAGCCUCUGUCUCUGGUCCGUGCCCAUGGCCACAGUCACACAUGCAACACGGACAGUUCUGAAUUCAAAAGCAGUUUAAAGGAAACGUUGGGGGAAGUUAACUCCAAUCUCUUUAUAGGUCAGGU